UAUUAUUUUUCCCGUUUUAAGGAGAAUUUAGCCUCUUCCUGUGCCAUUGGUUACACGUUUGUGACCGUGGGUAUUGCAUGGUGUACCGGUCGGGCUGCGCCUCAGAACGCGGGCAGUCCUCGUGGAGCGCACCCAGGGCCCGCCAUUUCGUGCCAGCGGGAAACCGCAGCCCCCCCCGCCGCGGCUGAGAGGAGCCGUCCGCUGCCGGCCCGUGGGGGGCUGCAGCAGGACCUAGACGGCAGCCUUCCCCGGGGCGGUGCUGGCAUACGGCCGGGCGGAUUAAAAGACUUCAUAUUUGAUCUAAAAAUGUUCAACUCGUCUGACAUGGUCUUUUCAUUGGAUAAUUUAUUUUAUGAAAGACCAGAUGCAAAAAAAAGAGAGAGAGAUCUAGAAAAAGAAGAGUCGAGCAUUUGGUAUAUCGCACCUGCUCCAGUUAUUGCUGAAAUUCCAGCAGCAGAGGAGUUGCAGAGGGAGCUGGAAAAAAACACAGCCAGCAAUCAUAUGGGAGGGAUAAAGCACCAGAAGUUUGUACAACAACACAGGAGUAACACUGAGGAUGUAAAUCAUAAAUCUCCAGCAUCUGUUCAUUUUGGCAUAGUCUCUGAAAAAGAAAUGCUCCAACUAAGUGUAGGAGAAAGAGAGAAAAUAAAUUUUCAGCAUGAAAGUCUUAAAAUGGUUUCAUUGUUUCUCUCUCCUGACCAAGAUAAGUAUAAAAGAGGAACAGGGAUUUGUCAGCAACCUGAUGCAAAUUUUUCACAGAGUAAAAUCUUAAUUAAUUUUCCAGAAAAUGGUGAUGAUGAGAGUGUCCAUUCAACAUUAAAGCAAAGCUUAUUUAAACUGUCUGAUUGUAUGUAUAAAAAUACAGAAUUUAAAGAUAGCUCAGUGGAUAUGAAACAAGUUGAUACUUACCUUAAUACAAGUGAAAACAUGACAGAAGUGAGAAAAGAAGAUGUGUGGAAAAUAAAUCAUCAUACUCCAAUAACUACAGACUCAGAUUUUACCCUACAUAGGGUAAAUGAUGGGAACAUUGCAUCUAAAAUUGGAUUUCAAAUAAAAUCACUUCCUAGUGCUUCAAGGAGUCUGGAUAUGACAGGAAAUACAGGAAGAAAUUUGGAAAUGUUGAGGGCUGUUACAGAAAUCCCGACCCAAUUUAGAAGUAUUUUUAAGGAGUUUCCAUAUUUUAACUAUGCACAAUCUAAAGCUUUGGAUGAUCUUCUUUACACGGAUAGAAAUUUUGUGAUUUGUGCUCCAACUGGCUCUGGAAAAACUGUAAUGUUUGAACUAGCUAUUACCAGAUUACUUAUGGAAGCCCCAAUGCCUUGGUUAAAUAUUAAAAUUGUUUACAUGGCUCCAAUAAAAGCUCUAUGCAGUCAGCGUUUUGAUGACUGGAAAGAAAAAUUUGGACCUAUAGGACUCAACUGUAAGGAACUGACGGGAGAUACAGUGAUGGAUGAUUUAUUUGAAAUACAUCGUGCUCACAUUAUUAUCACUACACCUGAAAAAUGGGAUAGCAUGACUAGAAGGUGGAGAGACAACUCUAUAGUUCAACUUGUACGACUGUUUCUCAUUGAUGAGGUGCAUGUUAUAAAGGAUGAAAGCCGUGGUGCAACAUUAGAAGUUGUAGUCAGUCGGAUGAGGACUAUUCAGUCUUCUCUUUGGCGUCUUUCAGAGAAUCAUGAUGUCGUUCCUCCCUUGAGAUUUGUAGCUGUGUCAGCAACAAUCCCAAAUGCUGAAGAUAUUGCAGAAUGGCUUUCAGAUGGUAAGAUGCCUGCUGUAUGUCUGAAAAUAGAUGAGGAUCAGCGACCAGUGAAGCUACGCAAAAUUGUUCUUGGCUUUCCUUGCAGCGAUAAUCAGACAGAAUUCAAAUUUGACUUAACUCUUAACUACAAGAUAGCGAGUGUUAUACAAACAUACUCUGAACAAAAACCAGCACUUGUGUUUUGUGCCACAAGAAAAGGAGUACAGCAGGCCGCUUCUGUUCUUUCAAAAGAUGCCAAAUUUCUAUUAAGUAUAGAACAGAAACAAAGAUUACAGAGGUCUGCAAAUUCAUUAAAAGAUUCUAAGCUCAGAGAUCUUUUAAUGUAUGGUGUGGCUUAUCAUCAUGCGGGUAUGGAGGUGUGUGACAGAAAAAUAAUUGAAGGAGCUUUUACUGUAGGAGAUUUACCAGUACUUUUUACUACUAGCACCUUAGCAAUGGGAGUCAAUCUACCUGCACAUCUGGUGGUUAUAAAAUCCACAAUGCACUACGUUGGAGGGAUGUUUGAAGAGUACAGUGAAACUGAUAUUCUGCAAAUGAUUGGGAGAGCAGGAAGGCCUCAAUUUGACACUACAGCAACAGCAGUCAUUAUGACUCGUUUGAGUACAAGGGAGAAGUAUAUACAGAUGUUAAAUGGUGCAGAUAUAAUAGAGAGCAGCUUGCACAGGCAUCUUGUCGAGCACUUAAAUGCAGAAAUAGUGCUGCAUACUAUCACAGAUGUCAGUGUAGCUUUGGAAUGGAUACGAUCAACCUUCUUGUACAUUAGAGCUUUAAAAAAUCCAACUCAUUACGGUUUUCCAUCUGGAUUGGAUAAAAUUGGAAUUGAAGCAAAAUUACAGGAACUGUGUUUGAAGAACUUGAACAAUUUGUCUUCUUUCAAUUUGGUCAGGAUGGAUAAUGAAAAUAAUUUCAAACCAACAGAGACUGGAAGAUUAAUGGCAUGGUAUUAUAUUGCAUUUGAAACAGUGAAACAGUUUUUCACAAUUAAGGGAACAGAGACUUUAAAUGAAUUGGUUACAAUGAUCUCCAACUGCGCAGAAUUUCUCGAUGUCAAGUUAAGAAUAAAUGAAAAGAAAAUACUGAACACUUUGAACAAAGACAAGGACAAAAUAACCAUCAGGUUUCCAUUGGAGGGGAAGAUUAAAACAAGGGAAAUGAAAAUAAACUGUCUUAUUCAGGCUCAGCUAGGAUGCAUUCCUAUUCAAGACUUUACUUUGACACAAGAUACUGGCAAAAUAUUUAGAAAUGGCGUAAGAAUUACUAGAUGGUUGUCUGACUUUCUGGCAUCAAGUAAAACCAACUUUUCUGCAUUAUUAAACUCCGUGAUUUUAGCUAAGUGUUUCAGGUGCAAACUUUGGGAAAAUUCACUUCAUGUGUCUAAACAAUUGGAAAAAAUUGUUUUCUUUUACUAUUCAUAUGGAAUUAUGCAUGGUGUAUCAUUGUCAAAUGCUAUGGUAAAUGCUGGGCUGACAUCAUUUAAAAAAAUAGAAGAGACAAAUGCAAGGGAACUUGAAUUGAUUUUAAACAGACAUCCUCCUUUUGGAAACCAGAUAAAAGAAUCUGUGUUGCAUCUUCCAAAAUAUGAACUUGACAUUGAACAGCUUCCAAAAUACAGUGAUACACUGGCUGAAAUCUUAGUAACCAUCAAAUUAACAAACUUUGAGCAGUUACAGACAAAGAGAACAGCGCCAGAUUUUCACUAUGUUACACUGAUCAUAGGAGAUGCUGACAAUCGAGUAAUUUUUAUUCAGAAAAUAAUGGAUUCAGUGUUGCUAAAAACUGGAAAUUGGAUGAAGAAAAUUGAAGUGAGAAGAGCUCUUAAAUCAGAGGACAUUAGUAUAAAUUUAAUUAGUUCUGAUUAUGUUGGCCUUGACAUACAGCAAGCAUUUACAGCCUUUUACUUAAUACCAAGAACAGUUGGAGGUAAAGUAGUUACAAAUAAAAAACUGAAAGCUGAGUCUCCACUUGAUAUGUAUUACUGCUCACCGCAAAGUCCACCAGCAGCAGCAGUAGAUACAGGAAGCAGGUCUAAAGAAGAACAUAACUACAAGAAAUAUGGGAACAGAGAGUGCAACCAUCGCUGUAAAAAUAAAGAUAUAUGUGGACAUGACUGCUGUAAAACUGGAGUACCUCCAAAGUCUGAGAUGAAUGGAGAUUCUACAUUUACUUUGUACUUAGCUGAUUUAAGGAGCAGGAACUCGAUUUCAUCUGUACCCCCAGUAAAGCGGUUAAAGAUGCAGAUGUUAAAUCAGGCUCAGAAUGUGGAUCUCAAACAAUUUGGUUUUGCACCCAAAUCCUUGAUGCCAGCAUUGUCAAGGUUUGGCAAUAAACAGUUGUCUUCAUCACCUUCAGUGGACCAGGUAGAUAAUGUUAAUAGCCUCGGACUAUCUCAGAAACAGUUGCAAUCCUGGAAUUAUGGAAAGAGUAGUGCUUCAGAUGUGAACUCUGAAUUGAGAGAUGACAUUUGGAAUGAUCUUGAUGAUGAAAUAUUAGUAUAUGCUAGUGACUUUUCCAGUGGAGAAUUGGACCAUGGAAAUACCUGCCUUCACAUUCCAGAUGAGCAUGAACCACCUUGCAAGUAUACAACAAGCAAAGCUACAAGUGACAUUUCAAAAGCCUCAUCAAAAGUAGAAUUACCUGUACAGAGCAGAUAUAUAAAUAUGUUCAGUUUUCAAGAAGAAAAGCAUUCAAUCCCUUCACAAGGGAUGAAAAAUAUACAGUUUUCUUCAAUCUCAAAAACAAUCUCAGACUCUUUUAAAUUCACUAGGAAAGAGGAUUUUUUUUUCACAAAAGAACAGGAAGAAGAAAUAGAGCCCAGAUAUCUUCUGGAUGAUGAAAUCAGUGAUGUCAAGCCUUUACUUGGAAUAUUUGAUGACAUACUGUAAAACAUAAAAUAUAUUGUAAGUGCUGAAAAAAAUAUUAGUCAUUUUUCCAGAAUGAAGCCUUUGAAUGCUGUUAAGAGAAUUUAUUUUCUGUUGUGUAACUAUUUACCGAUAGUGGGAUUGCUGCAUAGAGUAGAUAGUUGUUAGAGUAGAUGGUUGUUUUGUUUUGUUUUAAAAAGUUGAUAAUUAAUGGAAUUCUGGGUAUAUUAUCUCAUUUUGGAAUUGCUUAAAUCUUUGUUGACCUUGUUGUUUUCAGGAUUGCAAAGAAAAAUAUAGAAAUGGGUCAAAAGAGUUCUCAGGCUGAGGGUGUUUCUAUAGACAAAGUAAAAAUCACAUAAGAGACAGUUAGCUGUCUAUUAGAUGUCCUACUUCUAAGUACUGUUUAAAUGAACGAAAGAUUCUUUCCUCAAAAAAUUCUUAAAGCUUUUUGGUUUUGUCUGUCAGUCUUUCUAAUGCUGAAUUUUACAUAAUACUGAUUCUGUAAAAUAAUUAGAUUUAAAAUCAAAUAAGUUCUAGUAGAAUGGUCAGUUAUUCUAGACUAUAUUCCUUUUGACAGUGCUGUCAACUGCAUAAUAAAAAAGUGCAACUUCCUUCACGCAAAUGUGUUCCCAGGAUCUCAAUAAAACAAUUGCUUAAUGUAUAUAAGAAAUAUUCUAAAGUUGUGUUUAGCUGUUCACUUUGAUACUUGAGGUCAAAAAGCAGACAUGUAUGCAUCCCUAUACAAACUUAGACAACCAACUAUUGGAUUUAGCAAUCUUACAGCUGUAGUGUUUGAACAGUAAACCUUACAAGUUCAAUGGAUAGAAAAAUAUAUUACCUAAAAUGCAUAAGAAGAUAAUAUUAAAUUUCACUUGUUAAUUAUUAAAAAUGUGUAGAAUUAAAAUGUUAAAAUCACACAUGGAAACUUAGCUGUUUGUUCUUGCAACAUUGUUUGAGGUGCAACCAAAUACAACUGUUUUGCUGUACUACACGGUUUAUGUUUCUUGGCUAACACGUUACUUUACUCCAGUGUUUCCUUACAUGUUUGACUUGCUUUUGGAUAUAACUCUUUCCUUAUAAAAGAAUGGUUGAACGCCAGUAGCCUCAUCCUUAUAAAAGAAUGGUUGAACGCCAGUAGCCUCACUUAACUGGUCCAUAACUUUUUGACUAUGCAAAUUCCAGCAGGCCCAAGUUUGUAACUCACUUUGGUGUACCUCAAAUAUUUCAUUGCAUCUGUAAGUUAGUAGUAUGUUAGACCUAUUCUUGCCUGAACAGGCUUAUUACUGGCUCACUCCUGUUGUCAAUUCUGGUAUUAAGUCCCUUUCGUGGUUUGAAGAACUGGGAGGUAGUAACAGGAACUUUUCACUUUUGACUUUCCUUUCUUAUUCCUCGUUUGUUUUUGCAAGUUUCCUUUCUACUAAAACAGAGGACAGCAGACUUAGUGUUUCACAUCUUCCAAAUCAAGCAUCUUUUUACAGACAAGCUGCUGAGGAGUGGUUUGGCUACCUAGAUACAGGUGCCAAGUUUCAUUUUUGAUGCCUUAGAGAAUCUUCCUUCAGCUGCAUCUGAAGAGCACAGGUCUCCCACAUGAAGAUGUUCCAGGUACUCUAUGGUGUCUGAAAUGGCACUUCAUGCCUUUGUUUAAGAACUGAACACUCCUUGCUGCCUGAAAUGAGUUUUGUUUUUUUGUUGUUGUUGUUGUUUCCCACAGAUUUAUAGUUCCUAUUAUAUAGCAUUCUUUAAUUGCCCUUGUAUCCUGCUGUUCUGUGGGGUCUUACCUUGCAACAACUAAUUGGGCUGUUCUUCAAUUUCUUCAGAUUUGAUAAGGGCUUUUACAUAGCAAUACAAAGCUGAGCUUCAAUUAUGGAGAAUAAGAGGGGCAGGAGAAGGAAAUGAUUUAUAUAAUCUUGUGAUUAAAUAUAAUUUGUGUAA